ACCAUAGUGACAAUUCGAAAUAAUUCGAACCAUCUAACGCUUUGUUAAAUUGUUCGAAUAAUUUUCAAUUUAAAAGUCAACAUAAUGUGGACGAGAAUGCUCAAACUUGGAUUGAAAUUUGCAGCGGCCACGGUGUGCGCAAUAUCUGCGUACCAAGUGGCCAAACAUUUUAAAAGAACCAUCAUAGACUUACCCGAAUACCAUUUAAGAGAAGAUUUAGCGAACAGGCGUGAUAGCCGUAGAUUCAUACGACCACGCAGAGAAGAAGAUUUCUAUCUCGUGGACUUUACGUCAGAUGAAGAUGAUGAUUUUCAAACAACAAAUACAGCAGGGUCAAGCGAAGCGACAGCCAACCUUCCGGAAAGUAUAUUAGAAGGCAUUUAUCCACGUCCAGAUAUACGCAGACCAAAACAUUCAGAAAGGAAACCAAUUAUCACAGCAAUAAUUAACAGACAGUUGAGAAACAUUGGACUCAAUCAGGAUGGAGAAGAGGAAGGGGAUAAUGUUCAAGAUGCUUCCGCCAGUGUGACAAUAAACAUGAACGAUAAGCAUGAAGAAAGGAUUAAUAAUGAAACAGCUUCUACCAGUGCGACAAUAAACAUGGACGAUAAACACGAAGAAAGCAUUAAUAAUGAAAAUGCUUCUACCAGCAGAGACCUGAAAAAUAGAAACGAUGAACACACAGAAAAGGAUAAUAAUGAAACAGCUUCUACCAGUCACACAAUAAACAUGAACGAUAAACAGGAAGAAAAGGUUAAUAAUGAAACUGCUUCUACCAGCAGAGACCUAAUAAAUAGGAAUAAAGAAUAUGAUGAAAAGCUUAAUAAUGCAAAUGCUUCUACCAGCAGAGACGUAAUAAAUAGGAAUAAAGAAUAUGAAGAAAAGCUUAAUAAUGCAAAUGUUUCUACCAGAGACAUAAUAAAUAGGAAUAAAGAAUAUGAAGAAAAGCUUAAUAAUGCAAAUGCUUCUACCAGCAGAGACGUAUUAAAUAGGAUCAAAGAAUAUGAAGAAAAGCUUAAUAAUGCCAAUUCUUCUACCAGCGGAGGAGUAUUAAAUAGGAUCAAAGAAUAUGAAGAAAAGAUUAAUAUUGCAAAUGCUUCUACCAGCAGAGACAUGAAAAAAACAAACGACGAACGCACAGAAAAGUGUAAUAAUAAAACUGCAUCUACCAGCGUAAUAAAUAGGAACAAUGAACACGAAGAAAGGAUUAACAAUGAAAAUGAUUCUACCAGGAACGAAGAACAUGAAGAAUUUCUUAAUAAUGAAAAUGCUUUAGCCAGUGUGAGAACCAAUGUGAACGAUGAUAGGAAAGAAAAUGGAAAUGGACGCGAUCAACUGCUCACUCCCAGAAGGGAGGAGGAGCAGUAAAAAAUUCCAACCCUACAAGAAAACCAAUGUUUCGCUUCGGCGACUUGACCUACACGAUAACAAGUCGCCAGAAAUGCAUGUCUCAGUUUAAAUGUAAAUUACAAAUCACAACCAAGUGGAAAACCGAAAUGGAAAGCAGUGAUAUUAACUAUUUAAUAGGACCCAUGCACGCCUUUGAAUAGAACUGAAAUAAGUUUAAAAGAAUUUAGAGGCAGUGCCAUUCCGGUUGCCGACACCUGGGCGAAGGCUUGUUGCAGCGGAGGACUAGAUUUAAUGUUUUAUUAAUGGAUUAGUGCACGUCAUUAAAUUGUCUAACCGCCCAACGAA